AUGAUCUACACACUUUCCCAGUCGCCGACCGCUUCUCCAGCUCCAGCUCCACCUCCACUCGACCAGAUCCGAUCCGAUCCAACUCGACUCGUACAGCAAGUUAGCCGAGUCGUGUCCAUCUGCCCGUCAGCUUCUAAUUUGCCUCUUUGUCGGUCUGUCUUUCUGGCCUCGGCCGCCGGUUCAGCCAGCCUCAGACAAGCAUCCUUCUGCGUCUCCGUCGCCUCGGCUACAGCCUUGCCGUCCCGCAUCGCAUUCAGGCAACCAGCCAAGCCGACCAACACAUCGACCGACUAA